AUGGACCACUCCCACAUGGAUCACGGCCACAUGGGCCACGGCGGCGACAUGGGCGACAUGCCAAUGUGCAACAUGAACAUGCUCUUCACUUGGGACACCACCAACCUGUGCAUCGUAUUCAAAGGCUGGAGGAUAACCGGUUUCUGGUCCCUGCUCGGGUCUCUUCUGGCCGUUGUAGCCCUGACAGCAGGCUACGAAGCAGUACGCGAAGCAUCACGCCGCUACGAAGCCAGACACGCCACCAUAAUCGACAACAUGCCGCGUAAGUGAGAUGUGGAUAUUUUGUAGUUUUUUAAAUGGAAGGCUCAUUCUAUGAAAGCCGAGGAUGAUCACGAACGAAGCUCACUCCUCUGGACAGGUCACUCUGUCAAGGCGGAGGAGAGUAGGGGCAAGCUGGUCAAGGCUUUGCUGUAUGGUGUGCAGGUGUUUUAUUCGUUCUUCAUUAUGUGAGUUCCACCGUAUCUGAAAGAGUGUAAAAGCUUUAUUGAUGGCGUGAAAAGGCUUCUCUUCAUGACGUACAACGGCUGGAUCAUGAUUGCGGUCGGUAUUGGGGCGACGGUUGGCUAUCUGCUAUUCUCCGGCUCCUCGGCAACCAAGAGCGCGGCUUGCCACUGA